GUCAGUUUAAAACGCGCAAGCGUCAUCAAAUGUACCAAUGGCGAUUUGACAACAUCUGCAAGAAAUACAUUAUGAACUAAGCUUUCAAAUUAUCAUUACUAAAUCUGCAAUUCUUUUCCCUUAUUUUGUAGUUUCGCCGAGUAAUGGCGAUGGCCAUUAGCUGGAAUCACUGGGAUAUGUGAUGUUUUGGGACAGACUGAGAGCUGUCGUUUUAAGUUCAGUGUCUUUCGUCUUUGCUGUGCUGCCCAGGGCAACAAUGGCGUGGAGAUCGAGCGGUACCAGCAAUUCCAAUCUCGUAGACAACUUGCAUGCGAAUGGAAUUAUCAAAUCUCCACAAGUUGUUCAAGUAAUGAAGGCUGUAGAUCGAGUACACUUCUGCAAGUUCAACCCAUACAAUGACUCGCCGCAGAGUAUAGGAUAUGCGGUAACAAUUAGUGCACCCCACAUGCAUGCACAUGCCCUGGAGUUGCUGUCGGAGAACCUGAAGGAGGGUGGGCGUGCCCUGGACGUUGGAUCAGGCAGUGGCUACCUCACCGCAUGCAUGGCAUUGAUGGUGGGGGAGAAGGGUGUGGCUGUGGGUAUAGACCACAUAGAUGAGCUUAUCCAGAUGGCUACCACCAACGUCAGGAAGGACAAGAGCCUGGGCCAACUUCUGGAUAGAGGUCAGCUGAAAUUUGUUCUGGGUGAUGGCAGACUUGGCUUCGAGGAAGAUGCACCAUUUGAUGCUAUACAUGUAGGAGCUGCAGCACCUGAGCUGCCCCAGGCUUUGGUGGAUCAGCUGAAACCAGGAGGCCGGUUGAUCAUCCCAGUGGGAGGACAGGGAGAGAACCAGAAGCUGAUGCAGAUUGACAAGACCCUUGAUGGCCAGGUGGUCAGGAAGAACCUGAUGGGGGUCAUCUAUGUGCCACUGACUAGCAAGGACAAGCAGUGGCCCAGGUGGAGAUAGUAGCUGGCACAGCAUGUACUUGCAUGGGUCAUACAGCAGAGACCCAAACCGGAGCUGUGAGUACAAGAAGCCCUGCUGCUGACCAGUUUGAGUCCCAGUGAUAGUGUCUCCAACUGUCUUACGCUUUCUGACAGCCUUGACCUUGAUGUGAUGAGGUCGGCACUACAGUCAGUGUCGCUGGUGUUCACAUGCCACUUUGUGCAGUAGUCACCACGGCAAAUGUAGAGCAACAUGCCAGUUGAAGCAGUGUUUCUCACCUGACUGUAAUUGUGUUGAUUGUUUUAACCACGUUUCCCGAGUUAUGUUUUACCGUACAGUUAACCUGAAUUCUGAUACAUGUUCCACACUGAGCUUAUUUGUUAGAUGAAAGCAAGUGUUACAGUAGAAUGAUACAUUUGAUUUGUUUUUGUUCAUUAUUUUAGUGUAGACCUGUAAUACACUGUAGCAUAUUUUAUUUUACACUUUGUGUACAGGUGAAUGUUGCGACAAAUCAGUCCUUUUUAUGCUGAUCAUCUCAAACCCCUACGAUCCUGUCCAUAGUCCCAGGUAGAUGACAAACAUAGGAAUCAAGCCAGCUCCACCAUGUCAGAUCUCUUCAGGUCAAAACUUAGAAAUUACAAACAUGGCAAGGUAACUCUGGGCCUGCCCUGUAUGUUCACUUCAACCUUGUGCUGUGGAUGUGUCCAGGUGUACAUAGGUCACUAUGCUGAGUGUAUAUAUUUGUCACUGACUGUGGGCGAGGGGUGUAUAUUUCAUGCAGCUGUCAGCUGGAGUAGUGUCAUGUGUCAUGUGUCAUGUGACAGGCAGUCUGGAAUGGCACCAUUGUCAUUACAUAUUUAGGUGGCUCACAUACAUUUCAAAAAGGAAUUUUUGGCAUUGUGUUAAAUACAUAGCCCUUGUUCCAGUUUCAAAUGCUUUUUUCUUCAAUGAAAUGUUAAGUAUCUAGUUGUAGUGAUCACUAUGGAGAAAAGCAAUGGCAGUAAAAAUAUGUCUGGAUGAUAAAGUUUGUAGUAUAUUAGUAGCUUGAGCUCUGUGAGAUUGUCUAAAUGAGCAUUAUUUAUCAUGGUGUCGUCUCUUAACAACACUCACUGUUGUAUGAUGCUACAACUAGACCUAAAACCAAACUGGUCAAUUUCUUGCUCUUCUUUGCAAAGGCAACUGUGGACUGUUGCCAACCCUCUGCUGAUUAGAGCAAAUUGUCCAUCUACAUUUGUGUGCUUGUUUUGUAACAGUUUGUACAUAUUUGCUCAUUAAACUGCUUAAACAAG